AUGACGACCGACGACCGACGGCGGCGACGCCCGUUGGUCCCGACGUGGCUUGUCGACGAGCACACCCAGAAACAAACGGUGAUGGCGCUCUUCUUUCUCUACCAGCUGUGGAAGGUGUACGACCUCGUCUACCACCACGCCGAGGCUACCCCCACUACUGAUGUUAACGCGCCGGGGUUUGUUGCCAAGUACGCCGUGGUCGACACCGUGUUUGUGAUGGCGGUCCGCUUACUAAGCAUCGACGGCCUCUAUCUUUCGUGGCUCCAGGCGGUGGCGGCGGUGGCGGCGCUGAUCCUGGCGACGUGGCUCUUGGCGCUGCUGGUGCACAUGCCGCUUGUGGCGUCGGUGGGAGCUCUUUGGCGUCACUUGAGCCACCAGGGAGACUUGCUGAUCGAAGGGGAUACCGUUAGAGGCGAGGUUGUCGACUACGACGCCCAUUUCUUGGGGCGACUCACCAUCAACUAUUUACCCGAUUCACUGGCGAAAUUCAACCCGUUCAACUUGCUGAGCUGUUUCGACACGGCUAAAAACCCGGUGAAAGUACCCAUUGAAUUUAACACCACUACUACCGUGGGUACGUUCGAGAUCGAACACGUUGGACCGGAUAAUGUACCUCGCUACACCAAUUAUACCGGUCGCCGACUCAAACAGCUUUUGAACCAUGACUACACCCAUUUACGCUCACAACCUAAAUUUAAAGAUAGUGAAAGGGUGACUUAUGUCGAAGUCCCCGUGCUGAAAGUGGGACAGUACCGUUUGACCCGAGUGUGGGACCACAAGCUUAACCCGAUUCGAGUGUACCGCGGCCACUUCACCAUCAGCAACUGCCCCUACGCCAGCUACGUGUACCCGGCGAUGUCCCCCUACCAGUGUGUGGGCACUCAGUUUGAAGCUGACGGCGUUGAACUCCCGUUAGUGGAGAUGGUGGGGGUGGCACCGAUGACGGCCACCGUGAAGAUUUCCUCAGAAAAUACCCCGCAAAAGACCGUCACCAUCAAGCUGGGAGCGGCGAACCACGAGGCGAACGAUAAGCUGUGGUUGGCCCCGGUAUUUGCCGCCCAGUACCCGGUGCUGAAGGAUGACGGCGUGGAUUUUGCCGCCAUUUUGGGGUCUAAGCACGCCACUAAGGUCGGGUUUCACAUCAUGAGCAUCCACGACGGCUUGGGCCACAGUCAGCGGUACAACCCUGACUACAAGGGUAAAGACUUAUGGUUUGAGUAUGAGUUGAAGCGGGCACCUCAAUUCUCGUUAUUUGACGCCAACGCUGACGUCGAGCUUGUUACUGGCGGUACCAAGAGGCUCGGCGUCAAAGUGGACCCCACUCCCCAGCUGCUGGAGUUCCCGUUGUCGGUGACAGUGCUCCACCAAUCACUCAACCAAUCUCGCGAAAACCACACUUAUACGUUUGCCAACGCCUACGAACUCAAACAGGGCAUCACCAUCGGCAAACCCGGCAUCUACAAACUUGCUAGCGGCCUUAACAAGUGGUGCGGCGCCGAUGUUGACACCCAAGAUGCCGUCAACGUCACUUUAGCCAAACCGCCCACUGUGGAUAUUGUCGCCACUCCCAUCAAGGACGUGUGUCUCGGCACCAUCGGCUACAACUUCGGCUUUGAACUUGCCGGCAAGGCGCCGUUUGUCGUCGAGUACCACGUGUACCGCAACCAGCUGGGACGUUUAGUCCCCGUCGGUUCCGAGGGUGGUGUCCACCGUCUCACCACAUCGUCUACGCAUGAUAAGCUUGAGUUCCGUCCCGAGAGAGGCGGAAACUACGUGGUGAGCUUCUCUAGCAUCAAGGACAGUCUCCACGCUCCGAUUACUCUCGAUGGCAAUUUGACGUAUGGCACUUACUUCAACCAAGUAUCGCGGGCUGAACUCACCGGGCCAUCGGUGAUUCACUUGUGCUACAACGAGUCUACUCAAGUGCCCAUUCGCUUUUCGGGUAACGGCCCUUACUACGUCACUUAUAACAUCGUCAAUGCCGCUACCGGGUCAGUGGUGUCGCGUGUGACCAAUGCCACUGUCGACGGCGACACCCACGUUGUGGAUGUCCCGAGAAAGCUCUUGAGAAACACUCCUAAGGCCAAAAUAUUCCUCGAAGCUGCCCAGGAUAAGUUCCACUGCAAGGCUGAUGUCGACCCUCAGGCUAGUGUCACCGUCGUUGCUCGCACUGAUAUCCCUACCCUCGAAUUUGCUGAGGCUAAGGAGUACACUAUUGCUGAAGGGACGUCGGUAAGAAUCCCGCUCAAGUGGCAACUGUCCACUGGUCCCUCGAAGAAGGAUAAGGUGCGGUUCAAACUCAUCGAUGGGGCCAACGACCCGCCCAAGUUUAUCCGCCAGCUUCAAGUGCUGUCGAUGGAGGCGUUGGUGGCCAAGGAACAAGGGAUUUACCAACUUGUGCUGUUUGAAAACGGCGGCUGUUCCGGUCGUAUUGUCAACAACGAGCAAACGGUGAAAGUCUCGUUCUUCCCUAAACCUACAGUGUCUAUUGCCAGCCCUCACGAGAUCGAGCGUCUCAACGAGCUGGUGGUGCUUAAGCUGGUGUGUGAGGACGCAUUUCAGCCCCUCGAACUUACGUUUUACGGGGUGCCGCCGUUCACCCUCGACUAUCAGUUACAGCUUGCCCUGGGUGAAGUGGAGACCCGCGUGCAGAGAAUUUUGGGUCACACCGAAAAGAUUGAGCUUCCCACUAAUGAAAACGGCGACUACAAACUUUCGAUUACCAAAGUGUGGGACAAUAACUAUAAACGGGGCAAGUCGCAAGUGGACACCGUCGACAUUACUGCCGCCUACUCAGUGGCGGGCAAACCCGAUGUCUCGUUUGCCGAGCUGCUGUUGGCGGUAUGCGAGAACCAAGUGAAGCGCUACGCCGGCCACUUGCUUCCCAUCAAUUUGGUGGGCGUGCCUCCGUUCACGGUGGAAGCUGUGCUUACUCACCAGGCUACGGGAGUCCAAGUCCCGCUUCAUUUCAAUGAUGUGGUGGGUGGUUUCCUCGAGCUUCCGCCCUCACAGUUAACGGACUCGCUUACUCUCGGGACCCAUACGGUGGAAAUCAAGAGCAUCAGAGGUGCCAACGGGUGUUUCCGCGACUCGUUUGCUCUGCCUCAACUGGUAACAUACACCAUCAACGUUACUCCUGUGCCUCUGAUGGUGAAAGCCAGCGACCGCUAUCACUUCUGUGUCGGUGACCACGUAGCCUAUAACCUUACCGGGACGGCUCCGUUCACUCUUGAUUACACGUUUGCCGGUAAGCAGCGCCAGGCGUCGCUGGAACACCAUUUCCGCCGUUUGGCGAGCGAAGCCGGGAUUUUAUCGAUGACACGUCUUCAGGACUCGUCGCCCAACCAGUGUGCGGUGGAGUUUGUUGGAGACGAGCAAAAGUUGCUUGAGUUGGAAGUGCACGAGAUCCCCUCGGUCAAGGUGCAAAAGGGGGACUACAUCGUCGAGGAUAUCCACGAGGGCGAGUACACCGAGCUUAGGUUCUCGUUCCAAGGGGAGCCGCCGUUCAGUCUCACCUAUAUUCGUACCACCGUGGCCACUCGUCUGGGGGUGCCACCAACAGUGCUCGAGACUAUUGAGGUUGAUGAUAUCUGGGAGCGUGAGUACGUGGUGAAGGCCAGCCUUGAAGGGACGUACGAGGCGACCCGCAUCGCCGAUAAGUAUUGCGUGGCCGUACGCAGCCACCAGUAG